AGAAGUAAAACGGAGGAGGCGAAGGAAUCGGCUUGUUUCUGCCCGUCUCCUUCCCGAUCUAUCGAAAUCUGUCCAACUCUCUCUCUCUCUCUCUCUCUCUCUCUCUGCUUCUUCUCUCUAAAAAGGAAGCGAAGCAGAGGUAGGAUGUAUUUUCUUUAACUGCUGCUAUCUUGCUAUUGGAGAUAUUUGUGUUCAUCUGCCCCGUUCUCGACUCCGAUUCCGACUCUCUGUUAUUGCCGCCAUGAACGGGAAGGCCUCCGUUACCAAAGAGCUCAAUGCUAAGCAUAAAAAGAUGUUGGAGGGACUUCUCAAAUUGCCUGAGAACAGAGAAUGUGCCGAUUGUAAGGCCAAAGGUCCACGAUGGGCAAGUGUAAACUUAGGCAUCUUUAUUUGCAUGCAAUGCUCGGGAGUACAUAGAAGCUUGGGGGUUCACAUCUCAAAGGUGAGGUCUGCUACACUAGAUACGUGGCUUCCAGAACAGGUUGCGUUUAUCCAAUCGAUGGGAAAUGAGAAGUCAAAUAGUUAUUGGGAAGCAGAACUUCCUCCAAAUUAUGACAGGGUUGGAAUUGAAAAUUUUAUUCGAGCAAAAUACGAUGACAAAAGAUGGAUACCAAAGGAUGGAACAUCUAAAUCUUCAAAGGCACCUGAGGAAAGAACUUACGAACCCGUGCAGAAGUCUGUGGAUAGAUGUGGGAAUAGGAAUAUCAAUAGUUUGGCGUCCAUGGAGGAGGUUAAAAUGGUUCCACUUCAAACUAUAAAGAAGAGUGUAGCGGUGUCUUCUAAAACUCCUGCUCAAGUAACUAUGGUUUCCACUGAAUCAAAUGCUGAACCAGUCUUACCAAAGGUUGAUGCUCCACAACAUGCAGAGAUGGCUCAUCCACGAGUUGAAACUGCAUCUAAUCAAGUUAAUCCCCAACCCAGUAAAUUGUCUUCACAUGCCAAACCUACCCCACCAGCUGAACUCACAGCACCUCCAAAAGUUGAUUAUGCUACCGAUCUUUUUAAUUUGCUCUCUAUGGACAGUUCAAUGGGAACAAAGUUGGAGUCAUCACAAAAUGACGAUAAUUCUUGGGCAGGAUUCAAGUCUGCAGAGAAAAAUAUUACCACAAAUUCAGUUGGAAAUAACACCCAAUCUGCUGCACUAAUAGAGGAUCCAUUUAAAGAUUCAUUAUCUGUGGCACAAACAGUUGUUCCAGUGAAAUCACAAACUAAUGUGAAGAAUGAUAUAAUGGGUCUAUUUGAGAAGCCCAAUAUGGGUUCUCCCUAUGCUAUCCAUCAGCAGCAGCUGGCAUUCCUUUCCCAGCAACAGGCUCUUCUCAUGGCUGCAACUAAAUCUGGUGUUACAUCUCCAAUGAUUCCAGUGAAUGCCAUUCAACCUGGCAUAAAUCUUUCCAAUGCACAUAGUGGAGGUCUUCCAAGUCAAAGCUGGCCAACUCUUGGUUCCGUUGCUACAGGAAUGGUACCAAUGGUUGGGCAAAAUGGCCUCAACAACUUCGGCCAGACUGGGAACAUUAGACCUAUAUAUCCUGGAAGUUAUGGAUCUUUUUCUACACCCAGCAUGUACUCCAUGAACUACUCAAGUACACCAAUCAAUGGAGUGGCCAUUGGCGGAGCAGCGAGGCUAUCUUCACCUGCUGCACCUUCUGCAACUGGCACUCAAACAGGAAAAGAGUAUGACUUCUCAUCAUUAAUGUCAGGGAUGUUCUCAAAACAAUGAAGCCUCAUGUUCAAGAACACUGGCUGGUGUAACUGUUCGAGGGAAAAUUUUUAUUUGUGGUAGAAUGAAGAUAGUUAGCCGGUUGUUAUGGAGACCAUUUGAUGUUUAUUUGCUGGAUUCAUUUGAUAGAAUGAACUCCAGAAUGAAUAAAGUACUGCCAUUUGUUGGCACCGUUUCUUAUAGCGGUGCUUUUCAUGGAGGGGGUUGGGUAAUCACACCAUUCAGAUGUUAGUGAAAGUGAAGUCCUGGAUAGAGUGCGGAAAGUUAAAUGAAUAAAAUGUCAUUCGCUUAAAUUUAUUGCUUUGUUGAGUUAGGAUAGUCAUGACGUGCCUUCAACUUCAACUGAAAUGAAUGUUUAAUACUAGCUUGGCAACAGGUUGGAUUUAGGUUAUAUUUUAGGUCAGAUUGGCUGGGGUGAGAGUUUUAAGACCUAUUGCAAUAUGAUUUCUGGGACAACUAGGAACGUUUCAGUUUUAUUAGUGUUGGAAAAGCUACAUAGGAAGAGGAAAGUUUCAUUGGAAGAGUUAGUGUUUUGCACCGUAAAGAAAAUGUUCUUACAAUAACGAGGGCAAGGAAGAUUAUAUAUAAAUACUGAUUUCAAACUUUGACUUGACCCAGCAUGUAAUUAUCAAAUUUGAUCAUUAGAGUGAUGAUGAUUCGUGGUGAUUUA